AUGAGGGAGGCAGCCAACCACCAGCAAUACAAGCAAUUUAUGAGCUUCAAACCAAGGGACUUUAAGCGAAGUACUGAUCCAAUGGUGGCUGUGGAGUGGAUACAGUCAAUAAAGACGAUUUUCGAGUUCAUGCAAUGCAACAACUCGGAUAGACUAAGGUGCGCAACUUUCAUGUUCAAGGACGAUGCUAGAAUCUGGUGGCAAGGGGCCAAGUCCACCCUUGAUCUUAAUGCAGCAACCUGGGCAGAAUUCAAGGCUGUAUUUUAUGGCAAAUACUUCACAUUAAACACCAGGAAUAAGUUGGCAAGGGAGUUUCUGGAAAUCCGCCAGGGUGAUUCAAGUGUUGCUGACUAUGUUAAAAAUUUUGAGCGGGGUAAGUAUUUUACACCCAUGAUAACGGGAAACAAUGACAUAGAGCUGAACCAUUUUCUAGAAGGUCUCAAUGCAACCAUCCUCCGAGAUGUGAGGCUGAGCAAUACUGCAACCAUGGGGGAAACAAUUGAUAGGGCACUGAUGGCAGAAAAAGACAGCCAAGACAUAGUUAGAGAGGCUCAGACCAAGCGAUCUAGCUAUCAAGGGAGGGAUUCACUAGGCCGUCAAGGAACAUCUGGCGCCCUCAACAAUAGCAACAGUAGCAGCAAAGAAGGACACCAUAUACUAGACCAGCAAACCAGGCUAACCUGCCAGCUUCCCCUUGUAAUCUUUGUGGGAUCAUACAUACGGGUCGUGUCUGCAGAGUUCCGACAUACUAGAGUAACAAAUUCUUUUAUUUCUGCAUUCUUUGUGCAACAAGCUGUCUUGAAACCAGUUGAGUCCUUGGUUGUUUAUAAAAUAUCUCUACCAGCUGGACCAGAUCUUAAAACUAAUAGAUUUAUUAUAGCUUGUGAAACCCAACUCCAAAAUCACAAGAUGUUUGUAGAUCUUGAGGUGGUAAAGAUGUCUGGAUUUGAUGUUAUUUUAGGAAUGGACUGGCUACUCCGUCAUGAGGCUCAAAUCAACUGUAAAGAUAAGUCUGUGGCACUAAUUGAUCAUGAUCAGAAGGCCUUUCUGUUCCAAGCUCAAUAG